AUUGGAUAGGGUCAACUAGCAACAGCAUCUCCUCUGGUUCAGUGUGUCCUUAUGUAGCCCUGUACAUGAUAUUAAAGCAGCUCUUCAUCCCAGCCAGGAGCCCAGCACUGGCUAUUUAUAGCCCUGGCACCUUGUUGCUUACCAGCAGCUCUGUGCUGCUGUGUGAGGUCCCUGUUUCUCUCUCCCACACAGUCUGACAGGUACCUGCUGCUCCUGGCGUCAGAAAGGAAUAUUCCUGAUGAAGACCUUCAGUUCUGAGGUUUAAAACCAGGAAGUUUGGAGAUCAACCAUGGAUCAUAAGGCCGAGGAGAAAAGAAAGCAGCGCCACAGCUUGACUUUACUGGAACAAGUAAAGAGAAUGAAAGAAUCAGCAGAGAUUAUUGAUGUUGUCCUAGUUGCAGAAGGUGAGAAAUUCCCCUGCCAUAAGGUGGUGCUGGCUGCCUUCAGUCCCUAUUUCAAAGCCAUGUUUACCUGUGGCUUGGUUGAAUGCACCCAAAGGGAAGUGGUCCUCUAUGACAUCUCUGCAGAGAGCGUGGCCGUACUCCUCACCUACAUGUACAGCGCGGAGCUGCACCUCACCAACCACAACGUGCAGACUGUUGCCCUCGCUGCCUAUUUCAUGCAGAUGGAAGAGGUUUUCAGUCCGUGUCAGAAGUACAUGAUGGACCACAUGGAUGCCUCCAACUGUGUAGGCAUCUACUACUUUGCAAGCCACAUUGGGGCAGAAGAUUUAUCCGAUCAGGCGAGGAAAUAUUUGUACCAGCAUUUUGCUGAGGUGAGCCUACAGGAAGAAAUAUUGGAGAUUGAAUUCCAGCAGCUGUUGACUCUCAUUAAAUCAGAUGAUCUGAAUAUUUCCAGGGAGGAGAACAUUCUGGACCUUGUCAUUCGAUGGGUCAAACACAGCAGAAAAUCACGUGAAGAGCACCUCAUUGAGCUCCUGAAGCAAGUGCGACUGGUACUUGUCAGCCCUUCCUUUCUGCUGGAAGCCCGGAAAAGGAACACAAUGAUCCUGUGCAAUUCAGAAUGCAAUGACAUGUUUGAGGAAGCACUGAAAGCCAUCAAACUCUCCAGCCACCCUUCCCUCAGCCUGCGCUAUGGCAUGGAGACUACUGACCUCUUACUCUGCAUCGGCAACAAUUCUCUCGGCAUUAGGUCAAGGCAUGGUAGUUACGCAGAUGCCAGUUUUUGCUACGCUCCUGCGACACAAAAGACUUACUUCAUUUCCUCUCCGAAGUACGGGGAGGGUUUAGGAUAUGUUUGCACUGGUGUCGUGACUGAGAAAAAUGAUAUUAUUGUGGCAGGUGAGGCAAGCGCUGCCAAAAUGUCCAGACAAAAGACCAGGAACAUUGAAAUUUAUAGAUACCACCAAAGAGGAAACCAGUUUUGGCACAGCCUGUGCACUACUGAGCAACGUGAACUCUACGCGUUGGGCACUAUCCAUAAUGAUCUCUAUGUAAUAGGAGGGCAAAUGAAAGUGAAAAAUCAGUAUCUGGUCACAAACAGUGUGGAGAAGUAUUCCAUGGAGCAAGGCACCUGGAGAACCACGGCACCUCUUCCUGUACCAUUAGCCUGCCACAUGGUGGUGGCAGUGAAGAAUAAGCUCUAUGUCCUGGGUGGAUGGACACCACAGAUGGAUCUGCCUGACGAUGAGCCGGAUCGAUUAAGUAACAGAACGUUUCGGUACGACCCAGGCCAAGACAAAUGGACAGAAAGAGCACCGAUGAAGUACUCCAAAUACCGCUUCAGCGCAGCCGUAGUCACCAGCGAGAUUUAUGUCUUGGGAGGAAUCGGAUGCCUCGGUCGCGACAGAGGACAGACGCGGAAAUGCCUUGAUGCAGUGGAGAUUUAUAACCCUGAUGGAGACUUCUGGAGGGAUGGACCUCCAAUGCCGUAUCCCCUCCUCUCCUUACGGACAAACUCCACCAGUGCUGGCGCCGUGGAAGGGAAGCUCUACCUCUGUGGAGGAUUUCAUGGAGCAGCUCGUCAUGAAGUUAUCACCAAAGAGAUCCUCGAGCUGGAUCCCUGGGAGAACCAGUGGAAUGUGGUGGCCGUCAAUGCCCUCAUGCACGACAGCUAUGACGUUUGCCUGGUGGCGCGGCUGAACCCACGGGAUCUUAUUCCUCCUCCCCCAGAUUUACUGGACCAGUAAAGCUCAGUGACCCCAGGUUCUGCAGACACUGAAGGAUUUGGAGAGGCAAGCACUGCGUUGGCUGUGGGUGACAGCCAAGUCCCUCGGAGAGGAACUGGUGACACACUUACGGACCCAGUUGCCUUUGAGCUGAUGAUGCCCAAUUUGCUAGUUCUGGUACUCUGGACAAGUUGUAACAAGCAUGAACUUGAGUGGUACGAAUCAGUGACCGGUUCCUAAGGUCUUAACCACUCAGGUUGCUAAACACCGUUGUGGGCGUAAGAUCAAGGGGCAAACUCUGCUUUUAAAUGUCUUUAAGCAUAAUCAGUAGAAAGCUCUUCCAAUUGACUGUCCAAUAUUGGAAACUCUGUUGAACUCUUCUUGUUACCGCAAGGGGAAGAGAAUCUUGUUCUAUUUUCUCUAUGGAGCU